AUGUUCUCUUGUGCCUACAUGAGCAUUUCCACAACCCAAGCUCUGAGGCGCCGCUCUGCUGUCUGGGACCCAGUUGCCUCCACCAGUGCCAUGAUUGCCUUUCAUCCAGGUGCUGAAAUGCUCUUGGCAGUACCGAGCUCGCCUGAGAAAGUCACAAGGUUUCGCGACAGGCCAAUUGUCCGUGGGGCGGCGCUCCCAGUUGCAACAAGUUACCACAAGCUCUCCCCCAGGCCUGCGAUUCGGCGUAUUUCACUCUCCACCGUCUCUUCGGCACUCCUUCGAGGUGGAGAGGGUCCGCGACGAUGUGACAACGACCAGGACCCUCGUCUGAGCGUUCGGCUUCGCUAUGGGUUCGAGUUAUAUGCCCCCGUAAAUUGUCGUUUCGAGAGAAACGCCUUUGGCAAUAAUCGCACUGAAAGUCUCGCCUUUUCUCGUGGACGCUGGGAGUACCUGUGUCAGUCCCACUACCGCCUCAUAGCGGAACAGCUUUUGGAGUUGACUGACGUUUUCUCAUGUCUAUUGCGUUGA